GUUAACUUUAAUAAGUUAACUUUUUAAUGACUUAUUUAAAAAGAAGUGUAAUACAUUUUAGUUGCAUAACACACAGCCUUUAUUAUACCAUAGGAUGUAUUUUGAUAUGCUACACUAUAAAGCUGUCAGAUUAAUGCCCUUUUUGACUCCAUGGGGGGGCUGGAACUUCAGUGUUUCCUGCCAAAGUGUCGUUGUUUGAACUCUUUUGAUAAUGUCCAAUGAAAUUUGACUUUUCAACUAAGAUCUGUGCGCUUACUAACACAAAAUGAAAGAUGUCAACAGUCAAAUCUAAAGUUUUCUGGACCGUUGUUAAAGAGAUAAACUCUUACGUGCUCAGCUAAUCUUAUUUGAGGAUCAGCGACUCAAAUCCCCACAAGAUCAGGUGGUGACAGCGCAGCCUACAUGUACACGUCCUGGAGGCAACGCAGCGAAUACACACCAUCGGCUGAUUGUGUCUGAUUGUGUGGGUUCUCCUUGCAGAUACAAACCACCUUCCUGGUUUUUAGAAGCAGAGAACAACAAGGGCUUUCGGACUUUGUUUAAGCUUCUGAGGUGUCAAAGCCUGGGACGCACGAGGCAACUCCGGAGAUGAACUCCAUCAUGUCGCUGGGCGCCCCUCUGAAGCAGUUCACCAGCUGUGUGUCGGGGACGCGCACGUCCACCAAGAGGGGGACAAAGGGCAGCCAGUCCGUCCGCAGAAGCAGCUUCACCCGCAGGAAGAGCGUCAGCAGGAGGAGAAGCCUCCCCUCCAGCAACCAGAAGGUUCCCGACUCCUGGCUCAGACUGUACCAGGACGACCUGCAGAGAGAGAGGAAACGCCAACAAGCCAUUCUGGCCAAGAAGAGCGCAGAGAGGACCGUUAGGAAGACUCACUUCAGGAGCCAUCACUGCCUCCCGAGGACCAGCGCGGCCAGGAAACCGGCCCCAGUGAAGGACGAGUCCUUCUUCGGAGCCUUCCAAGGCCUCAGUCUGGACGGACUGCUGGGAGACGGGUCUCCCUCCGUCUCCAUGCCCGCUGCUAACGGAGAUCAGUGCAAAGUUAUGUGAUACUAAACCAUUUAGGAUGAUCAGACGGUUCAAAUGAUCCUACAGCUGAAGAGACCUGAAGGACAAAAGGGCUCCAGGUGGAAGCAGUCUGGAGAUGAAAAUAUGAAGACGUGCAACCACAAAACGUAUUUGGUUUGCCACCUUCUUUUGUUCAUGGUUAGGAUUCCUUGCGGGGUGGUUUUGCAUUACUCUGUAUUGGUCUUUCAAAAAUGUUUUGUUUUGCUGAAUGAAUACAUAAAAUUGAGCAAAUCUGA